AUGAUAGCACUCUAUUCUCAUCGUCCUGUCUAUUUAUUGCUCGGACGAAGUUUGAACACGGCAUCUACUUUAAUUCAACCUCAUAUAACAGAUAAGCAUCGUGGAGUAAUUGAGUCAUGCUGCACCAUCGAAGUUACGACCGAUCGGCUAAGCUAUGCGUCUUUGUGCUUGGAUCCUGAAAAUAAAAAUUCAGUUAUUCUUUCCAACUGGAACAGCCUUUCACUCAAUUUGCCUUCUGGAAAGGAAUUCAGACCGUACAUGUGUUCCUCUAUGUUCAAAGCUACCACUCAACGUUUGGUACAUGAUAUUUGCUCAUCUGGAAAAUUGACCAGUAGUCAAUUCGCUUUAGUGUAUGUAUCUUCUAAAUUAUCUUCAGCCUCAUUGGUACAUGCGGGUUUUAUGGGCUACCUUAUCGGAUAUUUGUGUACAGAGUCCAUUAAACAAGAAUUUUUACCCCCAUCCUACCUUCCCGUUUUCACCAUGAAUCAUUCUUAUCGAAAACACCUUCUCUCAUCAUGGAGAUCUAAGUUUGUGAGCCGUAAUCCAGAAUGUAUUAUUCGUGGUAUUGAAGAUCUGUUUACCACACUACCUAAGCUCUCGUUUACUGACAGCAACUCUAUAGCCACUUAUACGAAUAUUUUUCUCAAUGCAGAUGGCAAUCUAUCAAAUUACAGUGUACGUAUUCCUAAUGAGAAUCAAAAUAUUAGCUACAAUCAACUUAGUCUUGCUAAUGUUCUUGUAGAUGGAUAUGGUUUCCUUGUCCAUGGAAUAAUGGUGAUAAAUGAAAAGGCAUAUAAUUGUUCUAAUAUAAUUAAAGACAACAUUUUAUGUAGUAACUAUCUUGGAGCAAGUACUGAUGUUAUUCUUCGACCUAUCGCACCAUUAUCAACUUCUUCAUUUACUAAAAUCCAUAACUUAGACAUUCGUAAUGUUCAUCAAGCUGUAAUCAUGGGUUAUCUUCUAGCAUUUUUAUCAUCCAAUAUUAACAAUACACCAACAGGUCAAUUAUGCAUAUCAACUAAUUGUCCAUCAAUAGAAACUUUAGUAAAAUGGACUAAUCAAUCAACUAAUCGUUGGACAACUUAUUUAAGUCAUCAAAUGUUUAAAAAUCAACCUAAUAUUACGUUCUCUCUUCUUCCUGUGAAAUCUAAUCAUUUAACAAAUAUAUCGGCCCCAAUAAAAACUAUACAUAAUAAUAAUAAUGAUUCGUCAGAAAUUAUUCAAAUGCGUGUAGAAUCUUCACAAUUGUUUUCAAUUUAUAAAUGUUUCAAUUCUAAGAAUCACGAACAUAUUAAUACUGUACAGUUUUUACUAGCUCGAUGUUUGUUGUUAUCUGUCAAACUACAGUUACAUACUGUAGACUUACAUCCAACAAUUCUUGCAGAUGGGAGCAUAAUUCGUCAUAGAACUAAACGAUGGGCCUUUUAUGAAAUACAUAAAUGUGGUCGUAUUAAAGGAUAUAGUUGUUUAGAACAUCGUCAUUGUUAUGAACGUUAUCUACGUCAUGAUAUGGUUUGUUUUGAAGUUUAUCCAUGUUUAAGUUCAUGUAUAUUUAUUGCUCAGCUUCACGAUGCUGAAAAAUUAAAUGAACAAAUUAAAAAAUUAUUAUUAGACGGUAUACCAGUCAAUAAUCAUAACGAUCCGAUUAAUUAUGUACGAGAACAAACGGCAAAAUUAUUGAAGGAAUUAAAUUUAACUUUACCAUUGCAUAAUCAACCAAAAGUCUCAGUCAAAAUAUUAUAA